GCGAGCGGAACGCGACGGUAGUGCAUCGGCAAACGGUCCUCCCGACGACGAUGGAAACGACGGUCCUCUGGUCGGACGGCGUCGGCUGGCGGUGGACGAGUUGCGCGGCGACGUGCCUGCUGCUGGCCGCGAUCGCGGCCGCGUACCACUUCUGCACGGCCACGUUCGGCAAGUGGCGCGGGCUGGGCGUGCCGUGCGUGCAGCCCGUGGUGCCGCUGUUCGGCAACUUCCUGCGCGUGGCCGCGGGCCUCGUGCACCCGGUCGACUUCUACCGGGACGCGUACCAACAGCUGGCCGGCCGCAGGUACGGCGGCCUGUACCAGAUGCGCACGCCGUACCUGAUGGUCCGCGACCCGGAGCUGAUCGUGCGCGUGCUCAUCAGCGACUUCGCGAGCUUCACGGACCGCGGCGUGUACACCGACGUGGCGGCCAACCCGCUGUCCGACAACCUGUUCUUCAUGGACAGCCCCCGGUGGAGGACGAUGCGCAACAAGCUGAGCCCGGCGUUCACGUCCGGCAAGCUGAAGCUGAUGCACGACCAGAUCCGGAUGUGCGGCGACGAGCUGAUGGCCAACGUGCGCGGCGCGGUGCUGGCCGGCCGCGGCGAGAUGGAGGUGCGCGACGUGAUGGGCAAGUACUCCACGGACGUGAUCGGCUCGUGCGCGUUCGGGCUGCGGCUGGACGCGGUGCGCGACGACGCGUCCACGUUCCGCCGGUACGGCAAGACGCUGUUCCGGCCGUCGCUCCGGGUGCUGCUGCGCGAGCUGUGCCUGCUCAUCAGCCCCGCCCUGCUCAAAGUGGUCCGGAUCCGGGACUUCCCGCCGGACGCCGACCGGUUCUUCCGGUCCGCGUUCCGCGACACCAUCGAGAACCGCGAGAACAGCAACGUGGUCCGCAACGAUUUCGUCAACGUGCUCAUGCAGGCCCGACGGGAUCUGGUGCUGGACCCGAACCUGCCGCGAAACGAAAAAUUCACGGAAUCGCAAAUCGUGGCCAACGCGUUCGUCAUGUUCGCCGCCGGAUUUGAGACCGUGUCCUCCGCUCUGAGUUUUUGCUUGUACGAGUUGGCGCUGAAAACGCAUAUACAGGACAGGGUGCGCGAAGAGUUCACGUCGAAAUUGUCCAAAAACAACGGUGUGAUCAACAACGAUUUCUUGGUAGAUCUCACUUACUUGGACAUGGUUUUAGCAGAAACGCUCCGAAAAUAUCCUCCAACUUUUGCCCUGUUCAGAAUAGCUACUCAAGCCUACCAGGUACCCGACGAUUCAUUAACUAUUGAAAAAGGUCAAAAGUUAAUAAUACCUAUUCACUCGUUGCACUAUAAUCCUAAAUAUUUUCCGGAUCCUGAAGUAUUCAAUCCGGAAAGGUUUUCAUCUGAAGAAAAAGCAAAACGUGUAAGAGGUACAUAUCUUCCAUUUGGUGAUGGUCCUCGUAUUUGUAUAGGAAAACGUUUUGCUGAGUUGGAAAUGAAAUUGGCUUUGGUUGAAAUUUUAUCGAAAUUCGAAGUCCAAACAUGUGAAAGGACUGAGAUUCCCAUAAAAUUUAGUAAAAAAGCAUUGAUCAUUGUACCAGAAAAUGGUAUUUGGUUAAAAUUUAUAGAAAUAAAAAACUGAGUCUAGUGGAACACAAAACAAUUUAACUCAUGUUAAGUAGAUGUAUACAUUUUAGAUUUCAUAAGUAAAAUUUCAAUUUGAAUAAUCGAUUGAUAAAAUGACA